GUACGCAAUGGCCACAUCAAGCGAAUCACAGACAAUGACAUUCAGUCGCUGGUGCUGGAGAUUGAAGGAACAAAUGUCAGUACCACGUACAUCACAUGCCCUGCUGACCCAAAGAAGACCCUGGGCAUCAAACUACCUUUUCUAGUGAUGAUCAUCAAGAACCUGAAGAAUUACUUCACUUUUGAAGUGCAGGUGAGGAGUGUGCAAGACAAGAAUGUGCGCCGACGUUUCCGGGCGAGUAACUACAACACCACAACUCGGGUGAAGCCUUUCAUCUGCACCAUGCCCAUGCGUCUGGACGACGGCUGGAACCAAAUCCAGUUCAACCUGUCAGACUUCACGCGCCGAGCUUACGGGACAAAUUACAUUGAGACCCUGAGGGUGCAG